GCUGCGCGGAGGCUGCUGGGAGCGAGGAGCAGUCGUAGAGGCGCCACCUGGCCUCCAUGGCGGCGGCUGAGGUCCAGCUGUGGGUGGUUUGCUUGCUGCGGGUGGCGCUGGCCACCGUUUACUUCCAGGAGGAGUUUCUAGACGGAGAGCGCUGGAGGAACCGAUGGGUGCAGUCCACCAAUGACUCACAAUUCGGGCAUUUUAGACUCUCGUCGGGGAAGUUUUAUGGUCAUAAGGAGAAAGAUAAAGGUCUGCAGACCACCCAAAAUGGGCGAUUCUAUGCCAUCUCUGCACGGUUCAAACCAUUUAGCAAUAAAGGGAAGACCCUGGUGAUUCAGUACACGGUGAAACAUGAGCAGAAGAUGGACUGCGGAGGGGGCUACAUCAAGGUCUUUCCCGCAGAUGUGGACCAGAAGAACCUGAAUGGGAAAUCACAGUACUACGUUAUGUUCGGACCCGAUAUUUGUGGAUUUGAUAUCAAGAAAAUUCAUGUCAUUUUAUAUUUCAAGAAUCAGUAUCAUUCAAACAAGAAGUCAAUCAGGUGUAAGGUCGAUGCCUUUACACACCUUUACACUCUGAUUUUAAGACCAGAUCUGACUUACGACGUGAAAGUUGAUGGCCAGUCAAUCGAGUCAGGCAGCAUCGAGUAUGACUGGCAACUAACAUCCCUGAAGAAAAUGGAAAAAUCUUCAGCAGAGUCUAAGGACUGGGAUCAGGUUACAGACAGCAAAACUCAGGACUGGGAGAAACAUUUUCUGGAUGCAAGCGCCAGCAAGCCCAGUGACUGGAACAGUGAGCUGGAUGGUGACUGGCCAGGGCCGAUGCUGCAGAAGCCUCCAUACCAGGACAGCCUGAAACUUGAGGGGAUUGAUAAAGACGUGUGGCUCCACCAGAAUAUGAGAAGCACCAACUAUCUGACAGAGUACGACCUCUCAGAAUUUGAGAAUAUCGGUGCUAUUGGACUGGAGCUUUGGCAGGUGCGAUCCGGAACCAUCUUUGAUAACUUCCUGAUCACAGACGAUGAAGAGUAUGCUGAGAAUUUUGGGAAGGCCACCUGGGGUGAAACGAAGGGCCCAGAACGGGAGAUGGAUGCCAUCCAGGCCAAAGAGGAGCUCAGAAAGGCCCAAGAGGAGGAGGAGGAGGAGCUGCUGGCCGGGAACUUUGAUGCAAGGCAAAAUUUCUUCAAUCGAUUUCACAGGCGAGAUGAACUGUAAUUGUGCAAUGAUCAGUAAAGGUCUCAGUGGGGUUGGUGACGUGUUCCCCAGCGACCUCGGUGCACCCAACAGUGUCUUCUCAAGCAACACGCACAGCAGAGCCCACGUUCUGUGGGGUUUCGGCCCCAAAUGCAUGCUCCUUUCUUAACCUUCCAAACGUUUUUAUGAAAGUUGGUAAAACUUACCGUGAGAAAGGAGAAUGGUGCUUGAUUUUUUUGAGUUGUGAAUGACUCAUAGACACAGACAUUUCCUCAGGUGAAAGGUGCUGGUGUCCGUCUCUGACAUCAGAGGUUUGUUGCGUUGUUUACUCGUCAGCUCUUUCAGGAAACACGGGCACUGGAGCAGAAGCAUGUGAGGCGCAAGAAAGCAGCUGGUGCUUUUGCACUUCGGGACCCACUUCUGUGGCCAUCAGUUCUCUGUAAUGUGUUGUCAGCUGUUGUCGAGUCAGCCCUGAUGCGUGGUGACCCCAUGCGUAAUGGAACAAAAUGCUGCCUGGUCCUACACCAUCUUCACAAUCAUUGGUCUGCUCCAGUCCAUUGUUGCAGCCACUAGAUAUUUGGAGUGCCUUCCAAUGUAGGGGGCUCAGUGUCCAGCACUCUACUGGACAAUGUUCUAUUGUGAUCCAUAGGGUUUUCAUUGGCUGAUUUUCAGAAGUCAAUCGCCAGGCCUUUCUUCCUAGUCCAUCUUAAUCUGGAAGCUCUGCUGCAACCUGUUUAGCAUCAUAGCAACAUGCAGGCCUCCGCUAACAGACAGGAGGUGGCUGUGCAUGGGGUGCACUGGCCGGGACUUGAACCUGGCUCUCCCACAUGGAAGAUGAAAAUUCUACCAUAGAACCACCGUUGCGCAUUCCUUCCCAGUGGUUCCAAGCUGGGGCCCUGGGACCAGCAGCAUUAGUACCACUUGGGAAUUUGCUAGAAACUCGGAAUCUAGGACCUUACCCAGACCUGCUGAGCCAGAAUGAAAGCCCUGGGCUGUGUCGAAUGAACCCUCCAGCUGAUCUGAUGCAGAGUGGACUGGAGACCCUGUUUGAGACCUCUGACUGGGGGUGGAGAGUGUCCAGGUGGCCUAGGCUGGAGCACCUGUGACAAGGUAUGGCACCCAACAGCAUGUGACGAGUGACCCACACAACACCCAGUCCCUGUCU